CGUCUUUAUUCAUGUUACGCACUGAGAUUUAUGUCCCGUUGGCAUUAAUUUGGCCCUCGCUAGUGAUAUCGUCUUACUUACAACCCACUAUCAUUCCACAGAGGGGUUUAUAUUAAAUUUGAGCCAGGUGCUUUAUAUAACUGUUUCUCACUCGACGCCCCAAAUCCAACGCAAAGGUGCGGUUUUUGUGCUUUUAGUCACAUUUUAAUCGGCCUCAUAAAGCACUUUGGUUCUUUUCUGAGACCACUGCGGCAAAUUGUUUUGUCUUGAUCUUGGACUAGAGGUGUUCGGGAGUUUCUCCCGCUGUACUUUUCCACUAGCAGCGGCUUUUCUUGGCUUGUGGCCUCCCCUCUGCUCAAGCUGUCCCUCCCCUCCGUCCCUUCUUUUGUGCCCCCUGCGUCACUCCCCGGCUCUUUCAGUGAAGAGCCAACCCAGCAAACCGGUCAUAUGGUUUCUUCUACUCCUAAUUGCAAAUGUUGGUCUGUAGUUUUGUCGCGUUAACAUGUUGGAAGUUUGAAAGCAAUAUUUAAAACAGAUGCAAAAAGUAUAUAUUUUAUUUUGUACUUUUGGUAUUGAUUUGUUAAUGAAAUAUUACAUUUUGCAUUUGCAGGUUUGUGCAAACUUGAAAUGUUACAAAACCAGAGAAGUCAUGGAAUUGCACAAAUCUAUGUGCAAGCAGGAAUGUUCCAGUUGGCUGUGUUCAGAACUUUUUUUCCUAGACGUCCAUGACGCAAGCGUGCUGAGGUGCGGCUCUGACGCGUCAGGAGCGCAACUGCCCUCUAUUGGUCUAAAGGGGUUUGAUCACUUCAUAACGUAUUUACCAACGCUGAAUGUUUCUAUUGAGUCACGCCCUCCAGCAGGCGUGGCCAGCUCCUCCUUCUAUAGGCCUCCUUAUAAAUCAGGGAGCUGGGGGCGUACAGUUAUUUGGAUUUUGGCUUUUGAUGAGUGCGGAGCGGAUCCUGAACUCAUCAUGACGAUCAAAACAGAAACAGAGAAGCCUGCCCUGACCUACUCAAAGAGUAGAGGUCUUGUGGAAUUAGUCAGUGCUUUUAUGAAACAAAGAAAGAUGGGUCUGAACGACUUCAUUCAGAAGCUCUCCACAAACUCCUACGCCUGCAAGCAUCCUGAAGUGCAGUCGAUCCUAAACCUGACUCCUCCGCAGGAUCCUGAGCUCAUGAACUCAAACCCCUCUCCUCCUCCCAGUCCAUCCCAGCAGAUCAACCUCGGCCCAUCAUCCAAUCCCUCAGCCAAGCCCAGUGACUUCCACUUCCUCAAAGUGAUUGGCAAGGGCAGCUUCGGCAAGGUGCUGCUCGCCCGUCACCGCUCAGAUGACCAGUUUUACGCAGUCAAAGUUUUACAGAAGAAGGCCAUUCUCAAGAAAAAAGAGGAGAAGCACAUCAUGUCAGAAAGGAAUGUACUAUUGAAGAACGUCAAGCACCCAUUUUUAGUGGGCCUGCAUUAUUCUUUCCAAACAGCAGACAAACUCUACUUUGUCUUGGACUACAUCAACGGAGGAGAGCUUUUCUACCACCUGCAGAGAGAGCGCUGCUUCUUGGAGCCCAGAGCCAGGUUUUAUGCCGCUGAAAUCGGCAGCGCGCUGGGGUACCUGCACUCCCUCAACAUCGUCUACAGAGACCUGAAGCCAGAGAACAUCCUGCUGGACUCACAGGGCCACAUCAUCCUCACAGAUUUUGGCCUCUGCAAGGAAAAUAUCGAACCCAACGGGACCACAUCGACAUUCUGCGGUACGCCUGAGUAUUUGGCUCCAGAGGUGCUACACAAGCAGCCAUAUGACAGAACGGUAGACUGGUGGUGCUUAGGAGCUGUUCUAUAUGAGAUGCUGUACGGCCUGCCUCCGUUCUACAGCCGUAACACAGCGGAAAUGUAUGACAACAUCCUGAACAAGCCUCUGCAGCUGAAACCCAACAUCUCCAAUGCAGCCAGGCACUUGUUAGAGGGUCUGCUACAAAAGGACCGCACCAAGAGACUGGGCUGCACAGAGGACUUUAUUGAAAUCAAGAACCACAUAUUCUUCUCUCCUAUCAACUGGGAUGAACUCAAUGCCAAGAAGAUCACCCCUCCUUUUAACCCCAAUGUGACGGGACCUAACGACCUGCGGCACUUUGAUCCGGAGUUCACGGACGAGCCGGUUCCCAGCUCCAUCGGCUGCUCCCCAGAUUGCGCCCUUGCCACUGCCAGCAUCAAAGAGGCAGCCGAGGCCUUCGUGGGCUUUUCUUAUGCUCCAUCCAUGGACUCCUAUCUAUAGGACUCAAACAGAGCCACUUAGCAUGGACACUGGUUUUCACUUACUGGACAUAGGUUCACUGUGCCAUGUCGGUGGACUUGCAUCUUGAUCCCCACCCAUCGUUUCCCAUCAGAUUGAUGGUUUACUCCCAAACCAGGCCCUGUGAGAGCCCUUCAGCAGCAUGUGUACUUGUCAUAUACUAUCCAGCACUUGAGUGCAUUUCAAACACUUGGAAAGAAGGAGUGUCUGCUGUAACUAAUAGGUUGGGAUUGUUUUCCUCCAUUCCUAAAUCCCCUUUUAGUCUUAAAUUCCCAUCACUUACCUGCUAGUGGAGGAUUUUUGCACAUAGCUCAGGCAACAUAACAGCUCCUUUUAUGUCCCAACUCACAAGCACACAACAAAACUUCCACCCUUUGUCAAAAGAGGAAGGCUGGGCAGUUUAACAACAACAGCGACAAAAUAAAUUGAAUAAAUUUCCAUUCCUUGUAGUGAAACAUCUUCCCUCCACUACCCUAGGGGGAGCUACAUGUUUAGCUUGACCAGAGAUGUUAUACAUUUUUGGUGCUUUUGUUUUUUUCUCUUGUACUUCCUUUUUUUAAUAUGAAAAAAAGGGAGUCAGAAGAAGCUGAAUGUUACAGAGGGGGGCGUUUCAUUUCUCUUGGGAGGUGGCCUUAUUUUCUCUCUCUCCAUCAAAGAAGUCAAUCAUUUGGGUUUUCUCUGUGUUCUGCAGUUUUGUCUACCUAAAGCAGGUUUGUUUAUCAUGCAAUACUGUAUAUAUAUAUAUAUAUAUAUAUAUAUACAUAUUAAACAUCCGAGAAUGUAGCACUAAGUUCAAACCUGUUUGAUGUAGGGACUCAAAUGAUGUUUCAUACCUUCAUUUGCACAUUACCACUGAUGGAGAGGUGGGAAGAGAGCACUGCUGCUGGGUUGAGAAUGAGUGGCACGUGUCGAGAAGUAUUCCCGUACUUUUAGCUUGCCAGCCACAUAUCCCCUCAUUUAGUCUUCCAAAUUGCCUCACACUGAUGUGACGACAGCCUGCAGACAGGCUCAAAAACAUUCAAACAGAACAUUCCACUUUAAUAUUGCUGUAAUGCAUUUUUGACGGUAUUUAAGUUUCUUGUAUAUUUGGAAGUUAUGUGUACUAGUUGUAAUGUAUAUUGAGCAAGAAAGUGACUAAAGGUAUGCUUUAAUAUGUAUAUGUAACUAUUCAUGUUUAAUGUACUGUAAAUUGUAAAAUUGUUUAUGUGACCAUGUUUGGUUUGGAAUAAAAGUUUAACUUUAUUACACGUUA